AUGGCAAACAGGAUUGAGGCUAUUGUUACUAAUAAUAGCGAAAACAAUUUUGACUUACAGGAUCCACACAAAAAGCGGAAGAGAGAUGUAUUGUUGGAAACCAACAAAACAAAGAAGGAAGCCUCAAAAAAAAAGAAAAAAGAAAAAACGAAUGAAGAGAAAUCUGUGUCUAUUUCCCCACAAAAUGAAGGCAAGCUGGCAGUGGCACUCGAUAUUCUCUCCAGAUUCUAUGAUAUCAAGGAGAAAUCUGUUGGAAAACCAUCUCAAUCCAAACUUGAAAGUAUUAUCAAGGAAAAUAAUAUUUCCGACUUGAUCAUGCAUGAUAUUGAAAAUAUGAAAUUUCCCUCUCACUUUUCGGUGCGUGGCAAAAGACUUGCAAGAAUCAUUCAGUACACACUUUAUGGAUUUGAUGUUGUCCUGAACAAAAAACAGACCAAUCCUUUAUUUGAGAAAAAGAGUGGAGUUAUAACGAAUAUUGAGAAUUUAUUAAACUCCUAUGUUAAGACAUGUAACAUUACAAAUCUAAUGAAGGGUUUGGAGCAGGAAGGCUUGACUUUCAACAAGAACUAUACAACUUUUCUUCAAUCCAAAGAACAAUUGUUCAAUGAUCAAUCAAAAUUAUCAAGUGAGGAAAUUACAACACUCACAUUGCAACUUGUUCAUGGUACAAUGUUGAGCGCAAUUAUUCCUCCAUUUAGGGAUUCCAGCUCAAACAGUGAAAUUGAAUUAAGCAGACAUUAUUUCUCACCCAUAAUGAGUUUUACUACUCUUUUUGAUGGUUGUACCGGUGGCUCUUGCAGCAUUAAGGAUUACCUUCGUGUAGGAAGUUUGGAACAGAAUCUCCAAUCUCGUAUUCCUGAUUUUAGACCUGACGACCAUACUCUUGUUUCUUACAGGAAUAGUUUCAAAUGUAUCAGAAUCAUAAGAGAAGAUUCCUCUGAAGCCUACCAUUCACAUACAAGCCAUACGGAUUUUAUUGCACUAAUUUCACAAAUGAAGCUUGCAUUAUCUCAUGCUAUUAGGGAGCUUAUCAAAGAAGAUUUUGAAAGCUGGCAUGAAGAAAUUAUUGUUAUGGGAAUAACAACUGAUAGAACAGAAUCACACUUGUAUUCAAUACACUGUUCUCCAGAAGUUAAGAAGCAAGAGAUUGUUCCUUCAAACUAUCAACUCACGUUUAUUGGCUCAUACAAGCACAAUAUAAUCAGCGAUAGAAUUCAACUUGUUACACGAAUAAUAACUGCUUUAAUUUAUCCAAAAAUGGAAGAUGUAAACAAAUAUUUAACUACCAUGGCCAGCGAGGUCAGAUCUACCCAAAAGGAUGUUGCAUUUCCAAAGUUUUUCCUUGGUAAACCAAUAUCCUACGACCAGAAUUAUACUAUUAGAAAACGUUCUAUCAUGAAACAGUGUAGUAUUGAGGGGACAAAAUAUUUUGUUAAAUAUCUAUCAAACAAUUCUAACGAAAGUAUGGAUAGAUAUCGGUUCUUGACAUUGUACGCAUCAAAUAACAAAAAAUUUUCAUUUACACUUGCAGGCACCUGUAUGAGUGGAAUAUUUGUGAGUGGUGAUGCAUUUCCCAAUAUUAUGGAUGUUUUUAUUGAUUUUAUGGUUCAAUUGAAACAUUUAACAGCUAAUUUACUAACUCACAAUGAUAUCAAACCAGAAAAUGUUGUACUAUUCGAUGGUCGAUGGUUCUUUAUUGACUUUGAAAUAGCAAAAGAGUAUAUGGUUGUCGAGAAUACAUAUGUAGAUGAAAACAAUCAACCUUUAAAAACAGAGAGUUUUUCAAGAGAUCUCCAGAGAGUCAGCAGCAAUUUGAUUUCACCAGAUAGUGAUAUUUACUCAUGCGGAUUGAUUUUAUUGGAGCUAUUGAAUGGAAAACGACUCUCUGCAAUGGAGGACAACACCAUUCUUCAAAAGUACUUGGAACAGGUGCAUCCAAGAAACCAAGACGAAGAAACCAUUCUCUCAAUUCUUCCUCACAUGCUUAUCUCUGAUCCUGCACAGAGAUUGUGUGCUGAUGAUUUGUUACACCUUGCUUGCUCUCCUUCAAAGGCUCAAAGAGCAAAGUCUUCUUGUAGAUUCCUAUUUUAUGGACAAGGAUCGUUUCAAGAGAACUUUUUUCAACUUCUCAACAGAAAAGAUGUCUAA